GUGGUCCGCCGGCGCCCCCCGCGACGGGGGCUCCGGCCGCCGCGAUGCAGGUGCUGCGGGUGGUCCGGCGCGACGAGCCCCUCGCGUCGGUGCGCCCGGCGUUUGAUCACCGCCCCGACGCCGCUCCGGGGCGGGCCCGCCAGCAGGCGGGCGCAGGCGAAGAGCAGAAGGAG